UUAUCACUUGAUGAACGCAACGGUCCCGUCGAAUCAUCAAUAACUCAUUCCAAAACACCGUGUCUGCUCGCUUUUCGCCCCCUGAAGAAUUUCUAUCGUCUGAGUUUUUUGGUCUUCUUUGGCCAUCGGGAGACCCGUACGAGCAACUGUAUCGGGCAUGUUCAUGUCUUUUUGCCAGUCCCUGAAUUGCCAAGUCAAUAUCCCAGCUCAACCUUGUUCAAAUCUUCGAAGAGGGUGAGAUCCAGUGUCGUUUUGUGUAGGCGAAAGUGGCUACGAACGAAUGACUGAUCUCGAGCGUGCUUCCAUCGUUGCUCUACGUUAACAUGGUCCGAAUUACCCCACUCCUCUCAUUUGCCUUGAGUCUCCUAGUAGUCUCCGCGUCGCCAGUCAAACGAACCCUAGCAAAGAUCCAGUCGGAUAUCACCAAAGUCGACGCGUUGAUCUCGACCUGGGAUAACAGUGUCAACGCCUUUAAGGGUACUCCCAAUCAAGCCAAUGCCAUUCACUCCGCCGCAGUCCAGCUCGUCUCGGCUCUUAACCAAGCUACAACCGAUACCAAGGCGACGAGCCCUCUAACCACCGACAUGGAUGCGCUCGUCCUCCUUGGCCAGAUCGAGAACUCUUCGCCCACGCUUGUAGGCGGUCUGACUCAAAUAUCCGAAAAAUCUACAUCUUUUUCUGGAAUCCGGGGUGCUACUGCAAUCGCGGAACAAGACAUUCGCGAGUUACAGAGCAGUACCGCGGCUCUCUUGACUGCUAUCAGUUCCAUUACUCCUGCGGAAGUCGUCCCACAAGCCACCCAGUUUGCUGUUACUUUGAACGACGCAUAUGCUGAUGCUCUGACGAAUCUUGCAAAAUAAGUUUGUGUGAUGGAAUAACAGUAUCCGUAAAGAUCUAUGUAUUAGUACAAUCCGACUGAACCACCCAUUAAAUGGAAGGAUUUAUUAUCUUUGAUGAAUCCUCGUCUGGGUAGUAUGAUUUAUCGUUUUGGAAGGACGUCAUGACCUCUAAAUCAGAUAUUGUCUGCUCUUUAUCAAUAGCAAAUAAUAACA